AAUUCAAUAACACAUUUUGAUGGUCGGCGCUGAAUACUGAUAACGAUAUGAAAGAAAUACCAUGCGACGUUAUGUUCCGAUAUCGUACUCACAUCGUAUACAACGAUUAUACACUGAUUUACUUACUGAUAAAUCGCUAUUAAAAAAGUUAACACUGUUAACGGUUCAUCUUAGUGAAUUGAAUUUUAAAUUUUAAUAGUUAAUGUCUUGAAAUAUAUCAAAUUUUAAAAUUUUAAAUGUUUCUAUAAUUUAGGUUAAUAAUUAAAUUCGCACCUUAGUAUGGAGUCUACUUAUGAUAUGAAUGGACCAAACAGUAAUAAUAAUAUUCGUGUUAAUACAUUUGUUCACAAUCAUCCGAUAUUAAAAUCAUUCAUUGCUGGUUCCAUGUCUGGAUUAUUCUCUACAGUUGUAUUUCAACCAUUUGAUGUUAUAAAAACAGUCUUACAAAACCCUAGAAAUGAUAAAAAAUUAGGAAUAAUUAAUGCCACAAAGUCAGUCUGGCAGCAAGACCAUUUUUAUGGAUUUUGGAGAGGACUGUCUCCAUCUCUUGUACGCAAUAUUCCAGGAAUUGCCAUUCAUAUAUCACUUACACAAUUAAUGUAUUCAUAUUUAACAAAAAAUAAUCAGACUUCUAUGCUAAAGUCUGGGAUAGCUGGAUUUAGUGCACGAUGUAUAACUGUUUCUGUACUAAUGCCUUUCACUGUCUUAAAAACUAGAGUAGAAAGUGGUCAAUAUCAUUACACAACUUUAACCCGUGGUAUAACUGAUAUUUAUAGGUUGGAAGGUUGGAAGGUUUUGUGUCGUGGAUGGACACCGACAAUUUUGCGAGAUGCUCCAUUUUCUGCAUUAUAUUUUAUGAUUUUUAUAAAAUUAAAAAAUACAAACAUUUUAGAAGAAUUAGACAAUAAACAACCGUUAUAUAUUUUUGGUUGUGGUCUUCUAGCUGGAGGAUUAGCAUCCUGCAUAACUCAACCAUUCGAUGUCAUCAAAACUAGUCAACAAGUAUCAAAAGAAAAACUUCUUUUAAUUGAUGCUAUUAUUAUGAUUAAACGAAAAUAUGGAAUAGCUGGUUAUUUUAAAGGGUUGUCUCUUAGAGUUUUAAGGCGAUCUUUAAUGGCGGCAAUGACUUGGACUGUAUACGAAAAAUUAUCGUAAAUGAUAAAUAAUCUAAAUUUUAAUAUUUAUGUUUAAUUUUGUUUAACUUAUGUUACAGUUCUUUAAAAUUUGUGACUGUCAAAAUAAGAUGUAUAAAUGUUAUGAUAUAUUUUUGAAUUUAAAUAAGAAAGCAACUAAUUAAGAAUUUGAGACAUUAAUAUUAUUUUUAAUUAUUAUGUAUUAAGUUUUAAUUAGACUGAAAUAUUUUAGCAACAUA